CCGACUCGGUUCAGCUGAGUUCAGUUGCGCCACUUGGCCGUGUGGUCCGCAAGCGUGCCGCGCAAGCUCGCGAAAGCCCCCGUGCGUGCGACUCCGAAGCAAUCGAACAAUCUCUUUCUUUUAUUUUUUUUCUCUCGAUCUUCACUUACGCUUUUCUCCCCUUUCUCUCAUUUCUCCUCCAGUUUUCGUCACUUGUUACUCUCUAUUAUUUUCGCUCGAGAAAUACGUGAGGUGCACGCAUCUGAGAGAGAAAAGCCUUAGGGGAGAGUGUCGCGGGCCCUCGAUGUUUCCUCUCGCGGAGGUCCACGAUCGCCACAAGAAUGCCUAAUGAAAACGCGCCGGUGUGUGCUUGCGGUGUGGUCGUGGAUCUGCCGAAGUCGCGUACAAACAACUCUAUCGUCUUAGGGAAACUGACGAUCCUCUUGCCUAAAUCCAAGGGCAACAAGUCGGACGGCAAAAGCUCGCGGAAGCAACAAGAUGACGGACGGGGACCGAAGAAUCGAACUUCGAGCGAGACCGGAAGCAGCAGCUCGGUGACCGAAUCAGCGAGAUCCACGAUGAAGAGCAGCAAGCACGAGAAGCGACUGAAUCAUUCGCGGAGGACACGAAGCGCCGAAAGAGCCGAGUCGCAUUACACUUACAUUGAUUCGGGCUCGAGUAUCGUCGGUGGUGGAAUCCGAGAAGACACCAUACCCGAAGCGUUAUACGCCACCAUACCUGAUACGCCGAACGCGAGUGCCAAUCAGAUCGGAACCAGUCGAUCGAACCCGCAGAGCAGAUCGCAACCACUUUACUCCGCAAUUCCGUCUAUGACGUCACCGCCGCCAACGUACGAUGUCGCGAUCGCAAAAACGUGGCAGACUGGCUUGCCACCGACAUAUGAGGAGUAUCUCUGUCACAAGUACGCGAUGAUUUCGCGUUCACACACGCCACCACCGCCGUGGUCCGAGUCCACAACGACCUCGUCAUCCAACCCGGCUUCAAGCAUUCAGACGCGUCGCGAGUUUCUGGCCAGCCAGCCCGAGCUUCGCCAGUACUUAGCGCAGUUGACUCUCGGCGAUCGUGGCUUACACCAUCAACAUCACCAGCAGCAACAGCAGCAACAGCAAUCUAGAGAUGUUACUUGCUCAGCCCGAAGGGAACAGCAGGCCAGAGUGCAGCAGCGUGUGCGAGCAAUGCCUCCCAGAUCUCAGAGCGAGAGUCGGGCGCAGCAGCAACGGAUUGCCGCGAUGUACGAAGACGCAGCGUUCUGCAUGGAGACCACGGUACUGCAGUCGGCCUUCGAUUCCAGCCAAGGAUUUGCCCUCUGCAGUCUAAUGUAAAAGGACGGGCGACUUCGCUUCAGGAGAAGGCAAAAAUUGUGAGGGGAGAGAAAAAAAGGGAUGGACGCGUCACGGAAUUUACGGUCGACUUUCUCGACGAGUGUUUUUCUCGGAAGCCAAAUUGUACACCGGCAUGCCGGAGAAAAUAUUUGCGGAAGUACUCGAUCACGGAUGGAUGACACGUUAAUCUCUCUCUUUCCUCGCAAUUUACGAGAGUGCAACGAGACGCAGCGUUUCCCCUUGCGUUUUUGGCAAACCGCAAACGCUCGAUGUUAGCGACACGAUGCUCUUAAUUAGCGAUAUAGAAGUAUACUUCUCAAUUAGUAUCGAUCCCUGACAGUAAAGUAUCGUUGUCUCAGAAGUACAUGUGAAUAUGUAUGUAUCAAAUGGUAUCGAUUCCUAACUAGAGAGAGUCUGUACUUGAAAGUAUCAAUUAUAUAUAUAUAUAUAUCUAGAGUUAUUUUCUGGGUGCAAUCGGUACUAACUCAUAAUUACAAAAUACACACACACACUUCUUUAUAUUUUAGAGAUACGUUAAUUACAUCCAAGAUGCGUUCGUGAUUUAUUAUUAAUUGUUAUAAGGAAUGCCUGCAAUUUUAAAACUUGAUUUUUACGCGCAUUUCCGAGGGGAAGUGCAUUCAUAUACGUACACAUACGCGCACACACCUAUUCAUAAAAUAAACGUUUAAAAUAUAAGUUGAGAAUAAAAUUACUUAAAAUAAUAAUAGUUUAAAAUAUUUUCAUUUUCUGCAAUGCGAUUUGUAUUAUAUGAAUUAUUGUUGAGAUUCAAGUAUUCCAUGGUGUCUGAAACUUCCUUGAAUUCGCAUGGUUUAAACAGACGGUGCUGCCUAUAUGCAAUCCCAAAAGUUUCAAGUGCUGUCGAUGUUAGUUCAAAAAACUGAAAAAUGUCUCUACACCGACCUGAAAAAAUUAGAGCGCGUUCAUUAAUCACCUUUGGGACUGAACUGAACUGUACUCGAACUAUUUCCGAUUUUCCUGCCUGGUCCAGAUCUCCAAGCUAGUCUAUUUUUUUUUCUCUAGACAUGGUGGUCGUUGAAAUGAUGGAAUUUAGCUGUAAUAUGCUGUUAGUUCUAAUUUCACGCGAAUAAAAAGCUUAUUCUUUGUUC